CCGCCCGUCUCAACGCGUCAUGGAGCUCACAGCUUUGAUUGCAGCCGUUGCCGUUUUCUCCUGCCUCGGCGCCGCAGCCUCCCAGGCAGCGUUUCUUGCACAAGCUGAGCGGCAGACCAGAUUUCACCAGGUCCAUGGCGGCAUCGUGGUGGAGCCGGAAUACGAUGAAGUCCUGAGUAAGAUCGUCCAGGCGAAUGAGCAGCUGGAACGGCGCUGGCGCAUCAACGGAGGGCUGUUCUCCGAGAAAGACGCCGAGAAGGCAAAGGAAUUGUAAUGAACGCUGACUGCACUGCAUGACAUCACGCACCGCCUGAUGAGUUAGUUCGUCGGCAGGAUUUGUCAUUGGUUCGUGCGUGGUGUGACUGUGUAUAGGUACGGCUUCACCAACAAGGUGCCCGCUGCGCUGAACGAGCUGCUUGCGGCGUUCACAGAUCUCUUUGUCUACUUUGCAAUUGACAAUCUCGGCAAGGCAGACGACGCCCAUUCCUGGGAUGUUGAGCAGGCCGCAAAGGCUGAUGCCGUCAUCACCUUCACCAACGAGAUGCUCGGAAACAAGCUCACCCUGGUGCUCGCAUGUCUCCACACACUCGGGGCUGACGGUGGAAUGAGUGGUCUGGUCUCUGUUUCGUCGUUUGUCGCAACAGGACUUCUUGAGGCUCGACCCCGUGACGAACAAAAGACGCUUCGACGACUUUUCAAAACCCUACAACCUGAAAGCGUCCAUGACCACUGCCGACGAGGUCAACAACGGCGCCGCGUCUCGCGCAUUUGGCGCGUGGAAAGCCCUGCUCGACCUGUACGUCCGACCUGUGUGUCUCUCUGUUGUCUCCCGCACGCUCAUCUCGUUGUCUCCAUCAGGUACAAGACCCUCCAUCCAAAGGGAUGGAUGGCGGAGCGGCUGGAAAGCGGCUCGGCUGACCCCACCGACAUGACACCGCCUCUUCACAUCGCUGAAUUCUCGAAAAACAUGGGCCGGGCCAUGGAGCUGCUCAUCCAUGGGAUCAAGCAGGAGUGGAUGCCAAUACUGAUGAAGUAUCUCAAGGCCAAGCUGACACAGGCGAUGGCCUUGUACGAGGAGGGACAGCUGACGCGACAGCAGGAGGAGCUCCUGCAGAUGAUCUAUAGCGAGAUAACGACCAGCCCCAAUGGGAUCAACCUGCAGUGGGCCGCGUUCUUCAGCAAGUGGGAGCCCAACCAGCCUAAUCGCCGCGUGUGAGCAGGACAUGACUGACAUACUGACCGGCCGCAUGGGCGUGUGGUGUGUGGCUGGUUGAGAAUUUGGUGUUUCUCUUGCCUGAUUGCUGUCAGGUACAUUCUCAUGAUGACCGUUGAGCAGGCUUUCAACUCGGUAAGGAAAAAAGCAGAUACACACACACACACACACACACGCACAAAAGGCCGCGCCACACACGCCUUUCCCUCGUGACUGGGUGUCUGCCUGCCUGCCUGUGUGUCUGCAGGUGGUGCGCUUCAUCCGUUCCUUGAGCAGCAAGGAAGUCGUCCACGACCCGAGGGAAGAGGAGCGCAUGGAGCAGCUCUUCGCCGACCUGGCCCAACAGAUGGGCCCCAAGCUGAGGCCCGUCGUGACAUUCCUCACCGAUGUGGCCUCGGGCACCGCCGCUGCUGCCAAAGCGACGAAAGACGCAGCCAAAGUUGUUGGCGAGAGAUUUUCCAAGGAGAUUUCCAAGUGGUGGGGGGGCAAGUGAGACAGUGCGAAAACACAGCGAGAGAGAGAGAGAGAGAGAUCAGAUGGUGUGUGUUGGUUCUGUGUGGAAGCGAACCGCAAAGACAUUCACGCACGUCAAUGAAUGAAUGACGACAAAUUUGCCGAUUGAG